GUAGGUCUACUGCAGAGGCACCGCUGCAUCGCGCAUCGUGCUGGAGAGGAGGAUAAAAAGAAGAGAAAAAUAGAGAACCCUUGUCGCGCCCGGGCACUAACUACUUGAGUUCCUGUGUCGCGAGAGAACACCAGGAAAUAUCUGCUGGAAGACGGACACAGAUGGCUCCCUGAUAUGUAUUACGGAACUGUCAUUUUUUGUAGGCGACAGAUGAGCUGUCACCUGACCUAAAGACUGUGUGAAUGGUGAUCUCUCUGGACGUCGCCUUCUUCAUCUCUCAACCCUGUGACUUUCCUCGUUCCACAUCUAUAGAGAGCUGCUUUCCCUUGCCACAUUAGCUGUGGUUAGCAAUCCUGUCAAAGCUCACAUCAUUUUAACCAAUUCUGAACUUGAUUUAUCCCAUUAAAUUGUCCUGUGGUUACCGACAUCCAGAUACCUCAGAAGAAAGUAAACAAAUAGGCUCACAUAAGUUAAUAAGUCUGUGUGGCACUUCGUUGUUCUCCCGAUAUUUCUGCUAAAGCGUAUUGGCUCCCAAUUGACCGACUCGGUGAAGGACAAAUAAAGCCAAAGGCAGUUAACCCACCAGAGUCAGUGAGAUGGAUGAGUCGUACAAUAACAAGUUGUCACUGGUGAAGGGUGCCAAGGACAUUGCCAGGGAAGCCAAGCGCCAUGCCGCCAAGAAAGUUAGCAAGGUUGUCAACCGUGCUGCGGAUGAGUACUCCUCCCAACGAAACUACAGCCAGUUCCAGAACGAGGAUGAUGACGAUGAACGCUACGUCCACACGCAGCACGACGGGAAUGCUCGCUUCCCCGGUGAAAACACCAAUGACGAAGAUGGGGAAGACUACGCCAGUGACGCCACGGAGGGUCACGAUGAUGAAGAUGAGAUCUAUGAGGGGGAGUACCAGGGCGUGCCUGCUCAUUCUGAUGGAAAGUCCAGGGACGGUCAGGUUUCUAUGGGUCAGCCAGUCUCGGACAGCCUCAGGGAGCGUAAGGAGCUGGAGCAGGAGAGGCUGGCGGAGGAGGAGGAGCUGGCCCAGCAGUAUGAGCUGAUCAUGCAGGAGUGUGGCCACGGAAGGUUCCAGUGGCAGCUGUUCUUUGUGCUGGGCAUGGCUCUGAUGUCGGAUGGCGUGGAGGUGUUUGUGGUGGGGUUCGUCCUACCCAGUGCCGAGACGGACAUGUGUGUCCCCAACUCUGGAGCUGGGUGGCUAGGCAGCAUAGUCUACCUGGGGAUGAUGGUGGGGGCGUUUUUCUGGGGGGGUCUGUCGGACAAGGUGGGCCGUAAACAGUGUCUGCUCAUCUCCAUGUCUGUCAAUGGCUUCUUCUCCUUCCUCUCCUCCUUUGUCCAGGGGUACAGCAUGUUCCUGUUCUGCCGAAUGCUUUCUGGCUUUGGGAUUGGUGCAGCAGUUCCCAUUGUGUUCCCCUACUUUGCCGAGUUCCUGUCAAGGGAGAAGAGAGGCGAGCACCUGAGCUGGCUCUGCAUGUUCUGGAUGAUAGGAGGGAUCUAUGCCUCGGCCAUGGCCUGGCUCAUCAUACCGCAUUACGGCUGGAGUUUCAGUAUGGGCUCAGCCUACCAAUUCCACAGUUGGAGGGUGUUUGUGGUGGUUUGUGCUCUACCCUGCAUGUGUGCUGUCGUUGCUCUCACCUUCAUGACAGAGAGCCCACGAUUCUUCUUAGAGAUGGGCAAACAUGACGAAGCCUGGAUGGUUCUGAAACAGGUCCAUGACACAAACAUGAGAGCACGUGGAGAACCAGAGAAAGUUUUUACUGUGAACAGGAUAAAGCUUCCUAAGCAUCUUGAUGAGCUGGUGGAGAUGCAGUCAGAAUCAGCCAACCCUGUUGCCAAAGUCCUCUUCAGGAUCAAAACUGAACUCAGAGGGAUCUGGCUAACUUUUAUGAAAUGUUUCCAAUAUCCAGUCAAAGACAACACCAUCAAAUUAGCCAUUGUGUGGUUUACGCUGUCUUUUGGGUAUUAUGGCCUAUCAGUGUGGUUCCCUGAUGUGAUCCACCACCUUCAGUCCGAUGAGUACGCCUCCAGAGUGAAGAUUCACAACGACGAACGUUUAGAAGACUUCACCUUUAAUUUUACACUGGAGAACCAGAUACACACCAACGGAGUGUUCAUAAACGAUAGGUUCAUCAGUAUGAAGAUGAAGUCUGUCACCUUCAUAGACUCUACGUUUCAGAACUGCUACUUUGAUGACGUGUCAACAGUGGGCUCCUUAUUCAAGAACUGCACCUUUAUAGAAGCCUUCUUUUAUAACACAGAUAUUGAUGACUCUAAGCUGGUGGGAUCAAGGGUGAUCAACAGUUCGUUCCACCACAACAAGACGGGCUGUCAGAUGACCUUCGAUGAUGACUACAGUGCCUACUGGGUCUACUUCGUCAACUUCCUGGGAACACUCGCUGUGUUGCCCGGCAACAUAGUCUCUGCCCUUCUGAUGGACAAGAUAGGGCGACUGAGCAUGUUGGGGGGCUCAAUGGUGCUGUCAGGAAUCAGUUGCUUCUUUCUGUGGUUUGGGACCAGUGAAUCUAUGAUGAUCUUCAUGCUGUGUCUGUAUAACGGUCUGAGUAUAUCAGCCUGGAACUCCCUUGAUGUUGUCACUGCUGAGCUCUACUCAACGGACAGGAGAUGUACAGGUUUCGGGUUCUGCAAUGCCUUGUGUAAACUGGCAGCGGUGUUAGGGAACUUGAUCUUCGGCUCCCUGGUUGGCAUCACCAAGGCCAUCCCCAUCCUGCUGGCAUCGGCCGUCCUGGUGGGAGGAGGCCUAGUGGGGCUGAGGCUGCCCGACACACGUGGCAAUGUUCUGAUGUAGAACUACACUACCCAGCAGGCUUCCCUCCAUUAUCAUUACAGGCUUUAGUUUUACACGCUGCUAUAAAGAUAAACGACAGAGCUGCUAUUCAGCGUCAUGCUUGGCCAGUUAGUUAAGCUGAUAUGAGCUGUAAUUGUUUUAAGACAGUGUUACGAAGGCCUUAUGACUGCGUGUUCUUGUAAAGUGUUCGAGAAAUACCACAAGUUGCCCUUCACAGUGCCACAUGGGAGAUGUGUGUAAAAGGAUUCAUUUAUUUAUAUUUAUUUAUUUGUUUGUGGGUUGCACCCCUGUUCAAACUGCAAGAAUAACAUGGCCAUAAUAUUGUAUAAAUAGUAAUAAGUAGCUAUUAUUAGUGUGUUCAAAGUCAUGGCAAAUUCAGCAGCUAUAUUUAAAUUUUUGAGAUUGUGUGUGUGUGUUGGUGUAUGUCUCUGAGGGUGUAUGCGUGUAUGUGUUUGUUUCCAACCUAGAACUGCUUAUUCAUUCUUAGGUAUUUGUUGUUGAAUAUUCAUGAUUUUUGUUUGGAGAAUUGAUUUAACAGUAAGCUUACGCAGAAAGAAAGAUGGCUUUAAUUUUAUGAGAUAUUAAAAAAGCCCUUCUAAAGCUAGCCUGAGUUAAAUCAAAGCUACCUAUUGCUGCUAUCAUCAGUUUUGCCUGGUUGUUGUAGUUACUAUUUUACAGAAUUUAGUGUUCGGGGGAAGAAUUCCCUAAAUAACACUGACCGGGAUGUAGUGGAAAACAUUUACAGACGGCUAAAUGUUGAACAUAGUUUCAGAUGAUUGGCAUUGACAGUGGAGAAACGUCAACUGUAAUGCGAGCCAUGCUAAUCUGGUGUCCUAGCGAUGUUUCUGCAUUACCAGGUAUGAAGGUUUUGUGUGAAUGUGUGUGGGAAUUUUGUGUAUGUGAAUGAUAAGGUGUAUGCGUGUGUGUAUAUUGUGUUAUAUUGUACAAAGUUUUUAAUUUGGGUUGACCUUGGGGUUAUUGAGUUGAUUAGACUCACUGAUGUGUCUGAUUGGUGUUGAUGACUUUGUCAGCUCAUUCAGCUGCAUCAUUUGCAGCUAUACAUACUUUCUCAUGUCACUUUUUAAACUAGAAAAUGUUGCAUGUGUGUAACUAAAGUCUUUCCGUUUUGUGUCCUGUUUUUGUCUCUGCUCACAGGGAGGUAGUGGUUAAUUUAAAAGUGGCUAAAUGCCGAAUGCCAGACAAGAUGACCGAAAUCAAUGCUUUAGUAAUUUGAACAGGAAAGCUAACAAUGCUAACUUACUGUAAUUACAAAGGUCUGUGAACAACAUGUGUUACUUAAAGGCCCAAUGCAAUCACAAUGAAAUCUUUACUGUGUUUUUAUCUCAUUGUACAAGGGGUGCUGAAAACAACACUAUAUGAUUGUGAAAUGAGUUUUAGUCAGUGUUAUUUUCUGAUUGUUACUGAUUUGAAAAUAAAAUGACCUAUUCCUUCUUACGAGACCUUCUAAGCAGCAGGUUUUGUAUUGAUGGUGUUGUGGCCUGGUCACCAGGGGUCAAAUAUGUUAAUAUACCAAUAACAAAGAGAGCCUUGAUUGUUAGCUAGAACUGAUAUUCCUGUAAAAUCACUGCAUUGAGCCUUUAAUAAACCAGUGGCGUUAUCUGUGUUUAGGUGUGUUUAUACUCCACUACAUCCCAACAUACUCUUCUUCUAGGGGGGAGCAGCCAGGUUAAUUUGGGUCAAAGGUGAAUGUAUGAGUCAGCUGAGCUCCUUAGGGUCAGGUUGUUUUGUGAACUGGUGUCUGUCAGUUCUGGAUCAUUGUGACAGAGCAUGCCACUGGAGAGAUGUACAUAGUAGAGAACUACAGGUUCCUCUACAAUACAACGUUUUUUAUCUUGUCACCUCUCUCUUACUGAUCAAUCAAUAAGUCACAUCUGUGUGUAACAUAUGGGGAAAAGAACAGACACAAAAUCACAAUUCAAAGUAUCCUGGUAUAGACUGAAAAAAUGUGACAUUGACUGACCAGAGAGAGACCAUCCUCUGAUGAGAAAGUUGAAAAGCUUUAGUGCUGUAGUAGUUAGGACACCCAACGGCCCUGUUUGGAACAGCCCUGCUAUAAUGUAUGUGGAGGUGUAUGUUAAACCUGUUAUCGAGUACCUGUCCUUGAUCUGAUUUAAUUUGGCAGAAGGGUAACAGGUACAGUGUAAAGUAUGUAGAGGUAGGCUCCUCUGGUAUCUGCGCGUAUUCAAUAAAGAUGUCCAUUCUUGAA